AUGCGUGUUUGCCGCCAGGGAACCAGAACAUCUGAAGCAGACGGCUUCGUGAAGCUGUCUAGUCGAGUUGUAGCCACAGACGCGGGACGGUGGAAGAUGGAUGUGUUCAAUCCUGAGACUCGCCAACAGGUCAGCCUUCCAAUCCAGGUGAAGAUCGGGAAUGGGUACGUCGAUGAAAGCACAUGUAUGCCACUUCCCAACACCUUCUUCAAACGCAGCCCAGAUCAAGCUCAUCAGCCAUUUUGGACGAGACAAGGGAAUUUCACGGUCUUUCCGUGUCAUCAUACCCAUUAUGGGCCACCCACUGCGAGACCGCCAAUGAUGUACGUAUGGAUCAAAGUGGGGAACCCGGGAGUUCCAGUGUAUUAUCGCUUGUCGCGCGAAUAG